AUGGGGUUUAGCCUAAAUUACAAAGCUAUCAUACUUCCUUUGAUAAUGAUGUUGUUAUUUGUAAUUGGCUAUGGUCAAAAAAUCAACUCUAGAGCAACCUAUUUUGGUCAAGCAAAUCCAAAUGGAGCAUGUGGAUAUGGAGAUUAUGGGAGAACUGCUAAUAAUGGUGAUGUAGCUGGUGUGUACAGACCUUACCAAAACGGCAUUGGAUGCGGUGCUUGCUACCAGGUAAAGUGCAAGACAGGAGAAUGCACACAAGAUGGGGUGGUGGUGGUGGCAACAGAUUUUGGGAUGGGCGAUAGGACAGAUUUCCUAUUUCCGGCCAAGACCUACGCUAAGAUGGCCCAACCCGGGUUAGAAGCCGAGCUGCUCUCAUACGGCGUCGUUAACAUCGAUUACCACCGAGUCCCUUGCACCUUCGGUGGUUCAAACUUCAUUGUUAACAUACAUGAAGCCUCCAGAUACCCUAACUACUUUGCCAUUAUUAUCACCUAUAAUCCUUCUCUCUAUGACAUUGUUAGAAUUGAAGUUUGGCAGGAGGAAACCCAAGAAUGGAAACCCAUGAGAAAGCCAUUUGGAGCAGUUUGGGACCUGGAAAAUCCACCAACAGUAAAUGGAGGUUAUAGAGUAAGAUACUUGCUUCGAGCUAGCAACACUAAUGCUGCCACGUGGGUGGAAUCACCUACUCUUAUUCCUGCUAAUAAUUCGCAGAAAGGAGCUGAUUUUCAGCUUGCCAUUAAACUAUAAUUGUAACUAUUAGCCUUUUUUAUUGGUCAUCACCACUCUCAUUUCUCUUUACUUAUCUCAUAAAUUAGUCAUUAAAUAAGAUUAACUCUCAUUUCUCUUUACUUAUCUCAUAAAUUAGUGAUUAAAUAAGAUUAUGGACCGUUACUUGAA